AUGAUCAUUUUUUAUUUUAAUAAAUAUCAAAAGAUUAGAUUAUGCUUUAGACAAUAUUUCAGUAGUACCAGUGAAAGAUCAACCGAUAAAAUAGUAAAAGUCGGUAGUAAAAAGAAUUUAGAGUUGUUUCAACCAAAGAUUUCCAUAGUUGGUAUUGGUGGAGGUGGUGGAAAUGCUAUUAAUCAUAUGAUUCGCAAUCAGCUGUGUACAAAUGUAGAGUCUGUCGAUUUCCUGGUGUGUAAUACCGAUCACCAAGAUCUGUUAAAGUCACUCAGCAAGAAUCGUGUUCAACUCGGUCCCAAGUUGACUCGUGGAUUCGGUGCUGGCAAUCGUCCCGAUAUAGGUCGUCGCGCCACUGAAGAAUCAAUCUCCGAGGUGAUCGACAAUCUCAAACAUUCCGAUCUCAUCUUUUUGGCCGCUGGAAUGGGUGGAGGAACUGGAAGUGGAGGUACACCAGUCAUAGCAAAACAACUAAAAAGUUUAAACAAAGAUAUAUUAAUUGUUGCUUUUGUUACAAGGCCAUUUAGAUUUGAAGGUAAAAUUAAAGAUAGAUAUGCAUAUGAAAGUCUGGAGGAAUUGACGGGUGGUGACGACAUAUCACUCAAAGAGAUCGGCAGAGCAAUGUCCUACCUUCAAGAGAAAGUACAUCCCGAUGCAAUCAUGAAAGUAGGUCACUACUAUGAUAAUUCAUUAAAUGGUAAAAUUAGAAUAUCUGUCCUUUUUGUACAAUAA